UAUAAACACAGCUUUAUAAAAUUGCCUGCUACAUCCUGUCGCGAUCAGCACGUAGACAGUUGUCACCCACGAACUCUGCAAAAAAAACUUUUUAGUUUUGUUGGACUUGUUUUUAUUUUGUGGACAAUUAAACGGUGUCCUCAUUGAGAAUGGAUGAUAUCCAAGUAGUUGAAUCGAAGCCUCUCAUCGGGGACAAGGAUUUGCAAGGGCUAAGAGAGGCUGUUCAGCAGUUGGAGAUAAAGGAGCACGAUGUGGAGACUCCGUAUGGCAGAGUCCACUGCACCAUGAAAGGGGUUCCUAAGGGUGACCGGCCCGUCAUCCUCACCUACCAUGAUAUUGGACUGAACCAUAAAAGCUGCUACGACACUUUGUUCAGCCAUGAGGAUAUGCAGGAGAUCAUGCAGCACUUUGCUGUGUGUCAUGUAGAUGCACCAGGGCAGCAAGAGGGAGCAAACACCUUCUCCACUGGAUAUGAAUACCCUUCCAUGGACCAACUGUCUGAGACACUUCCAUCAAUCCUCAAACAUUUUGGACUGAAGAGUGUGAUAGGCAUGGCUGUUGGUGCGGGCGCUUAUAUCCUCGCUAAGUUUGCGUUGGAUCACCCUGCUAUGGUGGAAGGCCUUGUGCUAAUAAACAUCAACCCAUGCUCUGAGGGCUGGAUGGACUGGGCAGCACACAAAAUCUCUGGUUGGACUCACGCCAUGCCUGACAUGAUCAUCUCUCACCUGUUUGGAAAUGAGGAAAUCCAUCAGAACCAUGACCUCAUUGGCAGAUACCGUCACCACAUUGUGAAUGACAUGAACCAGUACAACCUGCAUCUCUUUGUCAAGUCCUACAGCAGCCGAAGAGACCUGGAAAUCGAGAGGCCUGUACCUGGUGGCCAUGCCAAUGUCAGAACUCUAAAGUGUCCUGCACUCCUGGUAGUUGGAGACAGUUCCCCAGCAGUGGAUGCUGUGGUUGAGUGCAACACAAAGCUGGACCCGACCAAAACCACACUGCUUAAGAUGGCUGACUGUGGAGGCUUGCCCCAGGUCGACCAGCCUGGGAAGCUAACAGAGGCUUUCAAGUACUUCAUUCAGGGCAUGGGCUACAUGCCCUCUGCCAGCAUGACCCGCCUGGUCCGUUCCCGUACAGCAUCCGGCUCCAGCGUUACUUCCUUGGAAGGCAACCGCAGCAGGUCGCACACUAAUGAGGGCAACCGCAGUCGCUCCCACACCAACGAGGGCCGGGCCCGAGCCCACACCUCCGACAACCAACGCACACGUUCACACACUGACAACAUGGACAGUUCUGUGGACCAGGCUCCCAAGUCCACCGAAGUGUCCUGUUAGACUGGUGACCUCGUCUCCAGUCCAUCUCACAUAUGCAUUAACCUUUCUGUUCUGACUGUGCUGCGCUGCCACUAACUACACUCUCAACAAGACCGCCGCAUGCCGCUGUGCUGUUUCUCUCAGGCGUCUUGCACCAUUUUAUUUGUUAGAGGGCAUUUAUGCCAAAGUGUCUUGUGUUUAAGACUACAUUUCCUGGGGAAAUGCUGAGGGAGGAGUGGAUAGAGUUGAUGAUGGAGUUAUUUCAUUUAGUUUUUUUUUGCACCCUGCGCAAAGGCUGUCUUGUUGUUAGAGGCAAUGCAGCACAGAGACAUUUUGGUGGUCAUUAUCCAGGUAAGCUAUAGGCACCGAGAAGGGCACAUUUGUAAAUUUAUGUUAAUCUAUAGUCUGCUAUUCAUUUUCUUUAGUCAAGUUAUACCACUUUUAUAUGCUAGAUUAAGUGCAUAAUUAAGUGUAUAAUCUGUAUAUGUUGAAAUGAACCUCAUUGAAUGGAAAAGGGAUUGGUUGACCACAGAUUAGAGACGCUGGCAUUUUUUCAUGAUGCUAACCUACGUUUUAAAACUGAGGUAUAAGCUUAUAUUGUGUUUAUUUGCAUUUUCCUUGCUGGGAGUGUCCCAUUAUUUUGUGUUAUAUUUGUAACUCUGUGAUGGAUGCUCUCGAAAGUGAUUUUAAAUGAUUAAGGGAUCAAAUGUUAAAAAAAAUCUUCAUUUUAAAUUUAACACAACCAAUAUGUAGAUAUUAGAAGACUGUAUAUGAGUGAUAUUUUUGUUGUUUUUUGUUUGUAAUGAUGAUUUCUAUGCAAUCAA